GCGCCGGCUGCUGGCGCGCGGGGCGGGUGAGGUGUUCUUCGACUAGGCCUGCGGGACCUCAAGCCUGAGCAAAAGCGGCCCUGCUUAUCGCGUGUUCUCGGCGCAUUUCCGAGACCCACCUGUACGAGCGGGACGCCCGGGGCCCUCUCCUCCCUCAGUCUCCCACCGGGCCCUUCAGAGUCGCUGUGGCCCCGGGGCAGGGCCUAAGGCACCCGAGCCGGUCGCACGCCCAGCCGGCCGCCGCAGGGCCUGUGCGGGGGUCGCGGGCCUCGCGCGCGGACGGCCGCCCCAGCUCCGCGCGCGAGGCCCGGGCCCCCUCAUUCCCCACCCCCACCCCGAGCGUGCGGUGGCGGGGGGGCCCGGGCCCUGGGGAGCUCCCCGAGGGCAGUGGAUACACGCGGCAGAACACGCCAGGAGGCGGGCCUGGGCGGUCACGGCUCGCGGGCGGGCCCCGUGUGUGUCGGGCGCAGGUGCUAGCAGGCCGCCUGUACCCCCCUGCGGUAGGGGGGCGCGCAGGACCGCUCUCUGCGCACCCGCCUGCGCGUCCAAGCGCACCUUUCCCGAGGUGGCUGCGCGGCGCUCCCAGGGCCCCGCGUGCACGUGGGAGAGCCCUCGGGCUCUUCGCAGAGCAGGCACGACGCCAGUCCCAAGUCUGGCCUCCUGCUAGGCCAGGCCGCCCCCAGCCCAGCCUACCACUCCCCGCUGGAGGCCUGGAGCGAGCACGUCCCUCCUGCCUGCUGCCGCCCUCGGACUUUCUACCGCCUCCCCGUCCCCUUUUCAGCCCACCCCUUUUCGGCACCACAUCCUGGGCACCGAGUCAGAGUCGGGGGAGAGGGGGAGACCCUGACGUCCUCCUGAAGUUCACGGUGGGGGGGGGGGAGUUAAGAGAGGGUCAGACUGGCUUCUCUGGGGAAGCAAGUGCCCAUUCGAAGGAGAGACCUCCGGAGAGGUCUGGAGAAUGUGUGAAUAAAGGAAUGAGUGAGUAAACUGACAGGACCGUGGAAGGAAGAGGUGCGUCUGGCCCUUGACCCAGGCCCCAGGGGGCAGAGGGCCCCAGGAGCAGGUAGGAUCCCCCCUCCCCUCCACACACACAGGGGAUUGAGGCACCCUUCGGUCCCUGCCUCAGACGCUCCUGCAGACGCCUGGACCCCGUGCGGCCGCACAGUCACUCGUCCUUGGAAGCAUGCCCAGGUGCGCACGGCCGCCCCUUGCCCUGGCAGACGCUCUCCGCGCUCGCGGAUCCGCGCGCCGCCGACACCCCUCGGAGCUCCCGGAGCGCGCCCCGCUCUCAGGGCUCGGCGGCAGGUGCCUCGCCGCGCAGACUCGCCGGGCGCGGGGACCGGCUCGGGCGCGGGGUCGGCUGGGGCGGGGCAGCGGCGCGCGUUCCCCGCCGGCCACACGGGCCGCCCUGCGCCCGGCGAGGGGCGUGUGCACCGGUUGGGGACCCGCGGGCCCCAUGUUCACGGAGCUGAGGACCAAGCCGAGCCCCCCACGAGGCCGCGCCGGGACUGUACGCGGCGGCUUCGGGGAGCGCCGGGAUGUGGACGCCACCGCCCACUUCAGCUUCUGCCGGAGCCUCCUGGAGCACACGGUGUCAGCCGAGAGCACCCCCUGCGCCCUGCCUCGCACGCCGGGCACCAGCCUCACGUGGCAUGACUCCCGCAGCCAGAAGGCAGCUGGCGGCCGGCCGGUCAAGCUCCUGCAGCAGCCCGGCACCGAGGCGCCCCAGGGCCGACUGCACGCUGACCACUGUGGCCUGUACCGCACAAGUCCCUCCCUGGGUGGCCUGACGAGGCCUGUGGUCCUGUGGAGUCAGCAGGACGUCUGCAAGUGGCUCAAGAAGCACUGUCCCCACAACUACCUCGUCUAUGUGGAGGCCUUCUCCCAGCACGCCAUCACUGGCCGGGCGCUGCUACGGCUGAACGCGGAGAAGCUGCAACGGAUGGGGCUGGCGCAGGAGGCGCAGCGGCAGGAGGUGCUGCAGCAGCUGCUGCGCCUGCAGGUGCGCGAGGAGGGGCGGAGCCUGCAGCUGCUCAGCCAAGCUUCCUUCGGAAACAUGUCCUAGCUGCUGCCUAGGCUUGAACGCUGGACCUCAGCACUGUGACCCGAGCCCCUGAGAAGGAUGAGGCAGAGCUGGGCGUGCAGCUCUUCUCCGACCCUGCGUGAGGCCCCAGGGGCCAAGCCCAGCUCAGGGGAUGGGGGGGACCAGCGUUGCCUCCUCUGGCCACCUCUGGCUGUGCCUGGGAGUGGGCGGGCAGGGGCUGCUCGAGUGGGGCCCUUCCUCCCAGGACCUGAGGCCAGGCCCACCCCCUGGUGCUGCUGGCGGCACGCAGGGCAGACACCUGGAGCCAGAGCGGGUUUGGACAUCCCCCUAGACUCCCAGGGAGUCUGUGUAUUUAUAUUCCCUUCACCCACAUUGAUGUCCACCCUCCAUCACCUGCUGAGUCAGGUGUCUUUUACGCAUCCUGCCCUCUCCCAGGGCCAGAGGUCUGUCCCCUUGCCUGUUUAUGCCCUCCCCUGUCCCCUAGAGGACUGCCCACACAGGUGGGUAAACUGCCAAGUCUCCCUUUGGUGUGUGCCCCUCCCCGUCCUUGCCCAGAGAAUGGUCAUCAGCAUAGCCCAGCCGAGCACCAUGCCAAGUGCUCUCACACAUUUUUGAAACCCUUACCAUGCCUUCAUCUACUCACGGGGACUGGGACACAUGCCCAAGACCUGACCGGCACCUGGAGGACCCCAGGCUCAGUGCCCAGCGCCAGGCUCAGCUGUGUCCUGGCCUUGGGUUGGGGGACAGCUCCCUCCGGCCAGGGCCGUGGAGACUGCCUUCCAGGCUUAGCCAUGGCUGGGUGUUCCCAUGGCCCCUUUCCCAGGAAAACCAGGAUCCACACAAGAACUGUCCUGACAGUUGCACCCCCCACACCCGGGGAGACCCAGCCAGCACCCAAGCAACCACUCUGUGGGCCAGAAGGCCCCAGGUUUGGGGCUAGUGCUGCCCAGCAGAGGGAUAGCUGGAGCGGUGCUGGCAGCCCCUGCUCUGGUGCUCCUCUGCCCACACACUCCCCUGGGGCUCUGAAAACCUCGGGGACAGCGGAGGCUGAGCCGCCAGCCCCUCAUCUGGGCCCUGAGGUGGGCUCAGGAUGGGAGGGUGGUUGCUGCAGGUCCCGUGUGGAAUGUGAACAAUUGGCCUGGUGCCGCCCAUCCCACACACCUCCCAUGGGAAGCCCCUCCUCCUGCCCAGCUGCCCUGAGUCUCCCUGGCCACCUCAUAACGUCAUGACAUGACCCUUUCCAGGGAGCCCCUUCCUGUCUCUCUCCCCUUUUCCCUCCUUGUCUUGCCCCCUCAACCCUGCUGUGCUCCUGUCUCAUCUUCCUUGUUUUGCGCUAACUUUUUUAUAUUCUGACAAAAAAAAUCAGAAAUAAACUUGGUU